UUUUUUCGCAAUUCCCUCUCGCAGGAAUGUCAGCUUCGCUUCUGCAAUCUUCAACCUAAAUUCCCUUAUUUAUAUUCUUUUUUAUACUUUUUUUUUAUUAUGAGAUAAAUAUUUAAUAAUACGGAAAAGGGAGGAACGAUGGUCCGGAGCGUUUAGCCCGGGCCGCACCACCACGUCUGCCACCGUGCUUCUCCGAUCUUAAGGAUCCAUAUUCUGUUUUAUAAGGACAUUCAGAUUUCCUGAUCCUUGCCUCGUUUCUGCAAUGGCUUCGAAGCCGUGGCUUAACCCGGCUCCCACCUAUCGUCCCUUGGAGACUUAUUGGGACACAGAUGAAGAUGCUCCUGGUCCCCGAUGCGGUCAUACCUUAACGGCUGUUGCCCCCACCAACGCUCAUGGACCCCGGUUAAUUCUUUUCGGAGGUGCCACCGCCAUUGAGGGUGGCGGUUCUUCCCCUGUCCCCGGCAUCAGAUUGGCCGGAGUCACCAAUUCAGUUCAUUCUUACGACGUUCUCACAAGGAAAUGGACUAGAAUUCGACCUGCUGGGGAUCCUCCAUCUCCUAGGGCUGCGCACGCGGCAGCUGCAGUUGGUACUAUGGUUGUCUUUCAGGGCGGGAUAGGUCCUGCUGGGCAUUCAACUGAUGAUCUCUAUGUGCUUGACUUUACCAAUGACAAAUUCAAGUGGCAUCGAGUGGUUGUACAAGGACAGGGUCCUGGGCCUCGAUAUGGCCAUGUAAUGGACUUGGUUGCCCAACGAUUCCUUGUUUCUGUCAGUGGAAAUGAUGGGAAAAGAGUUCUAUCUGAUGCAUGGGCUUUGGAUACUGCCCAGAAGCCAUAUGCAUGGCAGCAACUAAAUCCUGAAGGUGACAGGCCUUCUGCUAGAAUGUAUGCAACAGCUAGUGCCCGUUCAGACGGCAUGUUUUUGCUUUGCGGUGGAAGAGAUGCCUCUGGCACGGCACUUGGAGAUGCUUAUGGGCUUUUAAUGCAUAGAAAUGGUCAGUGGGAGUGGAAUCUUGCACCUGGGGUAUCUCCUUCACCAAGGUACCAGCACGCUGCGGUUUUUGUUGGUGCUCAAUUACACGUUACAGGAGGUGCCCUGAAGGGGGGACGUUCAGUAGAAACUGAAACAGCUGUUGCAGUGUUGGAUACUGCUGCUGGUGUUUGGUUGGGUAAAAAUGGGAUUGUGUCUUCACCAAAAACCAGCAAGGGACAUUCUGACAAUGACCCUUCUUUGGAGCUAAUGCGUCGUUGUAGACAUGCUUCUGCUUCUGUUGGUGUUAGAAUAUAUGUUUAUGGUGGUCUGAGAGGAGAUGUGCUGCUAGAUGAUUUCUUAGCUGCAGAAAGUCCCACAUUACAGUCAGACGUACAUUCUCCUGUAUUAACAUCCGAGAGAGCUUCAACUAUAACAAGUCCCAUAAUAAAUCAUUCUAAUGCUAAUGCUUGUGAGGCAUUUUCAGAUGAUAGGCCAGAGCUCCCUUCGUCUGUUGGUCUCAGCAUGAACAAAAAAUCCAUGGAGAAACUUAGGGAGGCUUCUGCUGCUGAAGCUGAGGCAGCUAAUGCUGUUUGGCAAGCUGCUCAGGCAGCAUCUGCCAUUUCUGCUGAAGAGACAUCUGUAUCUGAUGGGAACUCACGAGCUGCAGUAGCAACUUCAAAUGGUAGUGAUGCUGAGGCUGAUGUUCACCUUCAUCCUAGAGCUGUUGUGGUAGCUAAAGAGGCUGUGGGUAACCUUGGUGGAAUGGUUAGGCAGUUAUCACUAGAUCAAUUUGAAAAUGAAAGCAGACGGAUGGUUCCUAUGAAUAAUGAUACACCAUAUACUGCCAGAAAAUUCACCAGGCAAAAGUCUCCUCAGGGCUUGCAUAAGAAGAUUAUUUCUAUGUUGCUUAGGCCUCGGAAUUGGAAAGCUCCUGUUAAUCGGAGGUUUUUCCUGGAUUCUUAUGAAGUUGGCGAACUUUGCUUUGCAGCUGAACAGGUCUUUAGGAAUGAGCCUACAGUUCUUCAAUUGAAAGCUCCCAUUAAAGUCUUUGGUGAUCUUCAUGGGCAGUUUGGUGACUUGAUGCGUCUAUUUGAUGAAUAUGGAUUUCCUUCCACUGCAGGAGAUAUCACGUAUAUUGACUAUUUAUUUUUGGGGGACUAUGUUGAUCGAGGACAGCACAGUUUAGAGACUAUAACUUUGCUUCUUGCUCUUAAGAUCGAGUAUCCUGAGAAUGUUCAUCUGAUUCGUGGAAACCAUGAAGCUGCUGACAUAAAUGCACUCUUUGGUUUUCGUCUUGAAUGUAUUGAGAGAAUGGGAGAAGGUGAUGGGAUAUGGGCAUGGACACGGUUUAAUCAACUUUUCAACGUUCUUCCACUUGCUGCACUUAUAGAGAAGAAAAUAAUUUGCAUGCAUGGUGGCAUAGGGAGAUCUAUUCAUUCAGUAGAGCAAAUAGAGAAGAUUGAAAGGCCCAUAACUAUGGAUGCUGGAUCUGUAAUUCUAAUGGACCUUUUAUGGUCUGAUCCGACAGAAAAUGAUAGCAUAGAGGGUUUGAGACCAAAUGCUAGAGGCCCUGGUCUUGUCACUUUUGGGCCAGACCGCGUAACGGACUUCUGUAAGAAAAAUAAGUUACAAAUGAUCAUUAGGGCACAUGAAUGUGUUAUGGAUGGGUUUGAACGGUUUGCUCAAGGUCAAUUGAUUACACUCUUUUCUGCUACAAACUAUUGUGGGACAGCAAACAAUGCUGGAGCUAUACUAGUGGUUGGCAGGGGUUUGGUAGUGGUACCAAAAUUGAUACAUCCCUUGCCACCACCUCUUCAAUCACCAGAGACAUCUCCGGAACACGUCAUGGAUGAUACAUGGAUGCAGGAACUUAACAUCCAAAGGCCUCCUACCCCAACUCGGGGUCGCCCACAACCUGAUCAUGACAGGAAUUCACUUGCAUACAUAUGAUUUUAAUGCCCUUUUUAACAAUUCAUUCCAUGUUUGCAAAGGAGGUCGCCCUAUUGAAAGCUAAAUUAUUUCCACUUGUCUCAUAUUGGUGUUUUUCCAUGUAGAAGUUGCGAGAGAUGUAAACCUUGUCUGGUGUACACAGCUCAAAAGGUGAUGGUAGGUUUAGAUGUUAAGCGGCGAGUGCAACAUUUGUACAAUUAGAGUAUGAAAUGAGAUGGGUCUCUUUAUAAUUCAUAUAGAGCGAAGUUGAGUUAGUUUUGUGCAUUGUAAUACUGUGGGGAAGAGAGAAUUUCAAUCCACUUUACUAUUAUUGUUAUUUUUUGGUUGAUUUUGAUGAGUUGCAAUAAUAAUGAGAAUUAAACUAAA